GGUAGACAGUGGACAAUCAGGAGAAAUUGGGCUAAUCAGAGACCCAGUUGUUUUUACCUAUUUUUUCUUCACCAACACAUCACUAUGUCUUUGGUCCACUUGUCGAACUUCUGUGCCCACAUAAAGAACUGCACCAACGUGAGGCUUUCCACGACCUCUGUUCCCUUUUCAAGAUUGCAUUUGCAAGUGGCGCUAGGUUUGUAUAAAGAGGGAUUUCUCUCUUCUAUUCAAAAAGGCUCUACAUCUGGCCCAGACCAGCUUCCUGUGGACGUCACGCCAGAUAACAUCUCUACACGUAGAUUGUGGUUGGGGUUGAAAUAUAGAAAGAACAUGCCGGUCAUCAGAGACAUGUCGAUGGUGCUGAAACCCGGCAGGAAAGUUAAUAUGACCACCACAGAGGUCAAAGCAUUGGCCUCGGGUCUUCCUGUCAGAUUUAUCAAGCCUUUGCAGCCUGCCGAGGUGAUGUUUUUGAGGACUCCGAACAAGGAGAUUUUCGAAAUCCAGGAGGCGGCCAAGAAGGACAUGGAGGGCAUGGUGUUGUGCCGUGUGAAGUAG